UGGUCUGUGGUGUAGGAAUGUAGAGUGUGGACGUGCUGUGCGCGGGAACGCGCAGGUCAGGGAGAGGGGGGCGUGUCCAGGCCUCUUCUGCCAGCGCUGAGUAGGAGGUCUGUUCGGAGCAUUGGCUGUUUCCUUCCUUUUAUCUGCAAUCAGCAUUGUUUACUUUCAGCACUGGACACCGGUGAUCUGUGCAGUGCCAGCAUCCUCUGUGUCAGACUGGCCAGCACCUGCAGCAUCCUCUUCAUUCUUCAUCUCCAUGUAUAUGCUUAUUGAUCUGCACAUAUGUAGGUGCAUGGACAUAUCCUAGUCUAUGAUCUGAGUAUGUAGAUGGUGUUCUUUUAGAUAUCCCAUGUCACUGGUCACCUACCUGUAGUGGAACAUCAUGAGGUUGUGCAGGUACCUGCUGAAAAACACCAUCCCCAAUCAGAUCGAGUACUACUCCAAGUUCUCCCCCUCUCCUCUCUCCAUCAAGCAGUUCCUGGAUUUUGGACGCAAUAAUGCUUGUGAAAAAACGUCAUACCUUUUCUUGCGGAAGGAACUACCUGUACGACUUGCCAACACACUGAAAGAAGUCAAUCUACUGCCUGACAGUUUACUCCAAAGGCCAUCAGUCAAGCUAGUACGAUCCUGGUACAUGCAAAGUUUUCUUGAACUUUUAGAAUAUGAGAAUAAGAGCCCAGAAGAUCCUGAUGUACUUUAUAACUUUUUAAACGUCCUCAUCCAAGUGAGGAACCGACACAAUGACGUGGUCCCCACCAUGGCCCAGGGAGUGAUUGAAUACAAAGAGAAGUACGGUUUUGAUCCAUUUGUCAGUAGCAAUAUCCAGUACUUCCUGGAUAGAUUCUACACAAGCAGAAUUUCUUUCCGUAUGCUCAUUAAUCAGCACACUCUUCUGUUUGGAGGGGACAUUAAUCCGGCCCAUCCCAAGCAUAUAGGCAGCAUUGAUCCUUCCUGCAAUGUACCAGAAGUAGUAAAAGAUGCCUACGAGACUGCAAAGAUGCUGUGUGAGCAAUACUACUUGUCUGCACCUGAGCUGAAAAUAGAAGAAUUCAAUGCUAAGGCUCCAGGCAAACCUCUGCAGGUGGUCUAUGUGCCAUCUCACUUAUUUCACAUGCUGUUUGAAUUAUUUAAGAAUUCAAUGAGAGCAAUAGUAGAGCAGCAUGAAGACAAGCCAGAAGCCCUGCCACCUAUAAAGACCCUGGUCACACUUGGAAAGGAAGAUCUUUCAAUAAAGAUAAGCGACCAGGGUGGCGGUGUGCCAUUGAGAAAAAUAGAUCGCCUGUUCAAUUAUAUGUAUUCUACAGCACCCCGGCCCAGUCUAGAACCAAGCAGAGCUGCUCCAUUGGCUGGUUUUGGGUAUGGACUGCCUAUCUCUCGACUUUAUGCCCGCUAUUUCCAAGGAGACCUUAAACUCUACUCCAUGGAAGGUGUUGGCACCGAUGCAGUUAUCUAUCUAAAGGCUGUGUCUGGGGACUCAUUCGAGAGACUUCCGGUGUUUAACAAGUCAGCAUGGCGACACUACAAAAACGCAGCAGAAGCUGAUGACUGGAGCAAUCCAAGCCGUGAGCCGCGGGAUGCCUCCAAGUACAAGGCUAAUUAAAGGACGGCCUUCAGGGCUCCUCGCAAACUAGCAUUUCUUUUUAUUCCUGUUUAUUGCACAUGUUGCCUGUCAGUACAGAGUAAUUAUGAAGCGUAUUGGUCAGUAGCAUUGCUUGAGUAACAAAAAAGAAUGCGUUCAGGUUUAUCUGCUAAAGUUAAGGCCUGGUAGUGGUUCGCCAACUGUGGAAGUUUAGGUUUGCUUUGGUUUAAUCUGGUUUAUAAAUACAAGGUUUGCACUUAAUUAUAUUCUAUGAAAUGAUGUAGUAAAACGGGUUUUUCCGGUCCUAUUAGGUGUUUGCAAUGCACAUGUAAUCUAUUGCAAUAAGAGUGUGUGUGUCAUACAAAUUGCGUGUAAGGCAGCUUUGUAUGACAUUUUUUUUUCUUCUGGCAUUAAACACUCUAAUAAUAUUUCACAUUGUGGUAAAGAGACAUUAUCUUCAGUAUAUGUAUACACAGCACUGUAAUAUGUAUGUAUUAAGAG